GGUGGUGUUAAGAAAACGGCGUGGUCUCUUAGCUGAAGCAGAAUUAGACCUGGCCGCACUAGAGUCGUGUCACAAUGACGGUAUAUGUUCAGAAAUGAUCUCUAAUAUGCCAAAGAUUUCUAUCUAGCGAUGGACCGCCCUGCUAGCUAGAGCAAUUGUUAGCUAACCAGCUGCGCUGAAAUGGGCGUUCACUGCUUAGCCUGGACUCAGUUGGGGGCCCAUGCCAGUGACAGCAGCGGGGUUUGAGGGUUUGAGAUUCACGGAGAAUUGACGUAUAUGCUGUCCUCGGGGCGUAUGUCUUAUUAUCAGCAUUGGUCGUGACGGAGCGAUUCUGUUACAGCUCGGAGACGGCUCAGAAGAAUUACACGAUCAUGAACAUGUCUUCAUGAUAAGUGACCUUGAACUCUGCACAUGCUGAAACCAAUGAGUGGAAAAGAUACAUCUCUGCAGUGACAGAGCGUGAAGCAAAAGCUCCUUCUGACCUCAUCUUGCACGACAUAGGCCUGUUUGUCUUGAAACAAGUCAGGCUUUGAGCCAAUACCAGAGAUGCCCGUGAGAAGGCAUCCCUACAGGCUGCCGCCUAGCUAUGCCAACUGAAAGCACCAGACAACUGCAUCUCUUGUUUAAAAGGAUGUGCUGCUGAUUGGAUGCAAAAUCUCAUUCCUCUUCCACCUCUCCAAAACAUUAUUCACGUUGAGUGUGUGCCAGCGUGUACAGUGAAUUAUGGUGACCAAAAAUGGUGCUUGAAUGUGGCAUCCUGGUGCAGAAUAUGCUAAAAGGGGUGAGGCUCUCUCAGAAAAGUAUAACAGCCGACUGAUAGUCUGCUGCCGAUAAUGGAUGCCAAGUUAAAAGAGGACCUGUUUCGAAGGUAUGUGACGGCACUGGAGAGGCGUCUGGAGGAUGGAGGGGAACACACAGGGAUUGGAACUGCACCAGAGGGGGACAGAGGGAGACACAAGGACAGUGAGGCCCUACUCUCCACAGCCACAGCUCUGCUAGGAGCCUACCAGCCAGAUCCAGGACAGCGUUUCCGGAUGGUGCGCUUCUAUGAAGUGGUGGAGAAUUCUCUCCGCUGCCAGAGAGGGGGCAACAUCAAGAGCUUGGAGAGAGCCUUCCACACACUGGAAACCAUCUGCACCAACCUCCUGCUCUUCCCCUGGAAGAAGGAGUUCAGAUGUAUAAAGACCUUCACUGGCCCAUAUGUGUACCAUCUGCAGUCUGCCAUUUCUGAUGCUGAACUCCGAACUCUAAUGCGCACCAUCGGCUACGCCUGUGACCAUGACUCGCAGUUCCAUUUGCAGGAGCACCCAGGAGGCACAAAUCAUCUCCGGCAGUUGGCGUUUGAACUCUUCCUGGCCCAGGCUGAGUGUCGUCUUCUGGGAGAGGUAGUGGCUCUGGCCCGUGGUUCGGCCUCAGAGCUGGAGGCCCUGGAGCUCCGCAGAGGUUGCAGAGAUGAUGCAGCUGGCUGUGCCGAGGCACUCCGCAGACGCGACAGCCUUGGGGCGGAUAUGGCUCGGCUGUCUGUGCGGCCGGUGGAUAUAGAGAGGCCUCAUGCCCACCACCUGAGGCGAGGAAGCCGACCGUCUAAGUCUGUGGAUGUUACAGAUGGGGCUGGUCACUGGCACGCAGCGGUUACUAAGCCUGUCUUGAAGGCCUCAUUGAGUCUGCGGAAGGAGCCUUUGUUUGUGGAUGCGGAAGAGGAUAUGAAGGACGAGAUCAUCAGGCCCAGCACCUCAGCAUCUCUCUUCUCUGUGGCAGCUCCACCUUCCUACAGCCCUGUUGCAGAUUUCUUCCCAAUUCAGUCACCUCCCCCUGCUGAUGCUUACACAUCCUACCACCUGUCCUCUUUGGAUGAGAUUGACUUGUACACAGAGAGGGGUGUUGGGACGGGAGGAAGGCAGACCCCCUCUCGACCUCCAUCCAGAGAGCCUCGGGAUGCAAGGGAUGCAUGGCUGCUAAAAGCUCAUGGUAGUGUGAAGUGUCAGGGCUGUGGGCUGGGCUGCUCCUCUAUGGCCUCCUGCCAGAGGUGUGACAUGAUCCUCUGUGCUGCCUGUCACGAUGUGGACCCCUCCCCUUGCUGUGGCCUCCAAGACUACCACCCCAAAUCACCACGACCCCUCGAUGGAUACAUUCCUGUCAAGGAAAAGCUCUCUGUCUACUCAAAUACUCACUCCCACUCCCAUCUCCAUCCGCACCCCCUGACACUGACCCACUCACACUCUCACCCCCACCCUCAUCCCCAGAUGGUGGAGAAACCCCUCAUGUCCACUAAGCUGUUUGCAAGCAAAUCUGUUGCCUUGACAACGCCAAAGGGAGGCAGCAGUGAGCGACUAAGCAUGGGUGGAUCGCGAUGCGGGUUUUGCAACAAGCCAGGGGCAUCACACACCUGUGUGAACUGCUCUAAGGUGUCAUGUGACUCGUGCAUGGGCUUGUAUGCAAAGGAUAUUUGCACGCGAAAGAAUCCCCAGCACAGCUUUGUGCCCAACCAUCAGCUUAACUUCAAAUCCGGCACCAUAUCUCACCUGGUGUACCGAUGAAUCAGGCAGACAGAAUAUUUGUUUCUCCCUUCUAGUCCUUUCCCUCAACCCGCUGCAUAGUCUUGCACUAUUGCUUUAGCUCUGUUCCCGUUUAAACAGCUCAUUCACUAUCUUCCCCUUUAUCUGAUGGUCUUUUGCUCUCUAACCCUCUCUUGAACUUUGUACAUUUUCUCUUACUGUCAGUAGGGCCCUGGAAUGCACAUGCCACAGAGAGCCAUAUCGUCUGCCCAUCUCUCUGCCUUGUACAAGUUCAGGCCUUUAUCUAUUUCUUCUUCCUUUUACCUUGCUACCUGCUCUUGAGUAGUCAUGUGAUGUUGUAGCGCUUCCCCAAUUCCUCAAAUUUUGUCCUCCUCAAAAGGGAAACUGGAGAAAAGGGAGUUUAAUUCCUUCUCAUUUUGAAUGAAUUCCGUCCAAAUGAACAUAUAUACUUUACCUAACUUCUCAGCUAAAAAUUCCUCUAAUAUAUAUAAAUAUAUAUAUAUAUAUAUAUACAGUAUAUAUGUGUGUGUGUGAGAGAGAGAGAGUGUGGGUGUGUGCGCGCGUGUGUGUCUAGAGAAGACCUCUGAGCUUGCAUUGUGACACAGGAGAUCUUUUUAAACUUGAAAAAUAGUAGGGAAAAACAGAGAAAACAUACACUGGAAGUCAAUAAGUCAAUAGUAUAUAUUUUUAAUCUCUAUUCUCUAGAACAAUGUGAGACUGUUAAAUGGGCAUGAGGUCUGGCAUUGGGAUUUUUGGGGUAUAAAGUUAUGUUUGUGGGUGCGGGGUGGGAUAUAUCUCAAAGAGACAUAUUGAGACAAUGGUCAGAUGCCAUAUAUUCUAUUUAAAAGAUUAUGCCUUGUAAAUUAACCCUCAAUUGUUUCUGGUUAUGUGACUGAGGUUUCAAUGCUGCUGUUGACUUGAGACAUUGAAGAUGUGUGGCGUUAACUUCUUUCUGGUAAAUAGCCUGUUGAGUUGUGUCAGUUCCAAGUCCCCCCCCCCCCCCCCCCCCCCCCCCGCCCCCCCUCCUCCUCGUUCCCUUUCAUUACACUCCUUAAGCCGCCAUGGUCCAUGAUGUUGUAGUGCACCCUUACCAGAUCAGUCAUUCCCUGUCAGUCUCAGGUGGCGUCACAGGAAGUCUCACGCUGGGCCACAAAUCAAGUGAUAACGGUUCUCUGACAGUGUGUGAGCCUAUCGAUCGAUCUUAGACAGUAUGAAAGUGUAUACUCUGACACGGUUUCUGUCUACCUCAAAUGGCUUCAGCUUGUACACCUAGUUUGACAUUGUGGUUUCAAACUAGCCCGACUGGUGUUUUAGCUGAAUAGAAAACAUCUCCUCUUACAAUGAUCUGAUUUAGUCACUUUUAAAGGUUAGCAGAGGUUAAUUAUUUAACGAGAUAAUCCCGGGCUUUGUCAUCUGAACGACAGAACAAGGUUUUCUGUCUGGUAGCUGUUUACAGUGUCUGUAUGCGCAGGAUGUGGACACAAAAACAUGAACACCUGUGGAUUAUAAAGCAAUUCAAUACAAUGGUACUGUUGUGAAGCUCAAAUUGUAAAGGAUGUUUGAAACAGUCAGAAAGGUGCUGAUAGUUUCAUGGCAAUUACUGACCCUGGAAGUUGUGGUAGAGUACUGGAUUGCACUGCAAAGUAAAGCUAAAUUCACACUACAUGACUUUCAAAAUUCUCAGAGCACCGUACUGUUCACACUACAUAACUUGCUGUCCUGUAAUCAGCAGUCUUGAAGUCGUUAUGCUUUUCACAUUAUAUGGGGGUCACACACUACAAGAUAUUUCACUAGGAGAAAUCCCCAAUGAGUGUCAUGGGUCGACCCACAACCUGGGGUUGGUGGGAUGCUUACUCAAACUAUCGAAGUCAAAAAGUGGCAAAAUCCCUGACAGGUUGAGAUAUUUAGGGUGCUAGAUAUCUGGUAAGCAUCUGCGGCGCAUCAACGGUUCACGCAUACAGUGAGCGCCGAGCCAACGCUGAUUUGCUUAUGAUCUGGGGCUUUUGUUGGAGAGCUCCAAAAACCUGUCAGUGAGCCGAAAAUCAGGGAUAAAGUCAUGUAGUGUGAACGAGUCAUUAGUUGUCUCUGUUUUUCACCAUCGACAAAAGACAGAAACCACUUAUAAUAUGUUGCAGUUCAGUACAACACCCCCUAAGACUGUGGGCUCACAGAGAUGAACAGAUGCCUUUCUGAUACAAAGUUAAUCACAUUUAAGAUAAGAAAAGACUU